UUGCAGAACUUAAAACUUUAAUUGAAAAUUUAGCAUCUAGAACAUAUAAAGUGAAAAAAGCUCUAGCUUUGAGAAACUUAGAGAGAAGAAGAGCAUCCAGCCAUUGUGAUGCCCCUUGUAAAAAAGAAUAUUAG